UUAUCUGCCGUCAGCCAGUACGUCUGUGUUUUGCUGCGGCGUCUUUCGUUACACCCUAGGAACAUACCUACAUCGGCCUCCACUAGUUACUGGCCGGCUCCUGGCCUCGAGCGCCGUGGGUAGUUUGAUAACGGACUGUGGGACCCGGUCUCAUUCAUUAGCAUACCACCAAGUCAUAUCCUUAUUAUAUCACCUUAGGAUUCCUCCUACCUCCCUUCUCAACACCCCAUUAUCUUCCGAUUUAGGAAACCAAAAACACGGGUUUCCCACGAUCGUGAGCAAACCCAUUCCUACCCGCCGGGAAUCUGGUGUAUGGGUAUUUCAAGUCGUUCCAUGGACCAAGUAAACCCCGCCGUCUCGCUCCUGUACUUCGCGUGUUGCGUCCGAUAACAUUAACUAGCCUCGGGGUGUGUGCUCUUUCGUUCGUGCACAACAUAACGCUGGGUACCCGUGCUUGGGUGGCCUCAAGGCGAGGCCUCGUAUUCUGAAGGCGUCCUCCGGUCCAGGAUUGGAUUUGUUGCUUUGUAGCUGAAAUAAAGGACCAUGUCUGAACCUUCUUCGCAAUCACCGUGGGUGGAACCUGUGGCUUCUAAUCAACUUAUCGAUGAGAAUAAACUUCCUAGCGGACAGUGCCGGUACAUUCUACUGAACCCGGAGAUCAAGGGGCAGCGUUGUGCCUGUGUCGGCUUCACUAUCAACCGGACUCUCCCAGGCGUCACCUGCGACUGUGGCCACCUUUCGUGUUACCACAUCCAGUCUGCCGAACCACCCCAAAAUAAAAAUGAAGUUGACAUACUUCGCCGGCGUAUCAAAUUACUCGAGGACCAGCUUGACCGAGAGAACGAGGGAGGGCUUGGCGGUGCGUUAGGCAGUGUGGUUCGGCGCCUAGGGGACUUGGAGGAACAGGUCGAGAAGAACAGAGAUGAGACCAGUCAAGAGAUGAAAGGCUGCUAUAAAAACGUUGAUCGUAUGUGGCAGUCAGUCACCCAGCUUGAAAAGCGGCAAACAGGAUACGAAGACCGUCUUCUUAUGUUUGAUGAACGGUUGGACGGCCAUGAUGACACUCUGCAUGGCUUAGGCGACAGGCUGGUGGAGUUUGAUGAAGCAUCCAUGGUUCUUGAAGACCGCGUAGAUGCAUUAGAGGAACAGGACUGCCAACGAAUCCCAUUCCGUAGGCGUCGACGAAGAUCUACAUCAGGCUCGGAAGACUCGGUGAACUUCAAAGUAGCACGCCGGUCCCGCCCGUUGGAUAACCGUGAUACAGCGCGAUCCACGUCAACUUCAGUCUCGGGCUCUCGCCGCGGGUCUGCCGAUAGCCCAGUAGAGGUGACAGGGUCCUGGACCGUGCACAUAUCGCUUCUCCCGACAGCCUCACAGCCGUUCCCUUUCGAGAAGGACACAAAUGCGUACAAGCGGUGUCUAUCUCGUGGACUUCACCAAAUGAUCGCAGUCGGAGGGACAGAUGGCGAGUCCUUCGCCAAAGCCGUGUCCAAGGCGUUUGGAAGACUCCUCCGAGGUAGAGAGUGGGUUCCGCUGCAGGCCCGGCUCUGUGACGCCGCAACAUUGCAGGGACUUCCGAUGCUCAAACCCCUAGACCCAGAUUUAAUCGGCGAGAGCUAUGAUCUCGAUUUUCUACGCAAAUAUUGCGCCGUUUGCUUGCCAAAUGGUAAGGUAGAGUCCAUGUACAUUGCAAUGCAGUCGGAUACCUUCUCGUGGCAUUUCCUAAGGCGAUCACCGUGCUAUCUAGAUGGUCUCGAGGAAUGCUGGGCCUACGAUCCGCUACUUGACCCGAACGAUAACUUCGAAGAUUUCAACGGCGAGGUGGAAGAUGGGAGGUCGGCAGGGGAGAUUGUACCACCUCUACCCUCUUUAAAAAGGACAGCAUCAGAGAUGUCUCGGACACCGAGUCUGGGUUCAAUGUCGGCAAACGAAGUAAACGACAGUUCGCGGCAAAAAUUACCACGAACAUGUAUGCAAACACCUAUGGAAGUUCGUAGACAGGGUGUGGAGACGGUUUAGACUUGAAAGUUGGAUAUACCAUAUAGAAGCACGACGAAGUGCAUAUAGACAUGGGAGGGCGUUUCUCUUUUUCCCUUUUCCCUAGGAGACGGGGCGCAAACAGACGACAGGAAAGGAAUACUAAUGGAUUCCUACAAGUUUAAUUAUUCUCACUCCUGUCGCCUCUAUUCACCUAUUCGCCUACAAAUAACUGAAGGGGGCAUAUGUGCUCUAGGCUGAUGAAUGUCCCCUAUCAUUCUGAUCGGAUAAUUUGUAUAUCCACAAGAAGGAUAUGAAAGAGGGUGGUGAUGAUGAUGACGAUGAAUAUUUUUGGAGACGGAGAGAGGACAUGAUGGUCUAGUAGAAAGUUUCAAGCAGCAGCAAAUUGGGAGUCUCAAAUAUCU